AGGAGGCAAGAGAGGAGAAGAAAGAGAAACCAGGGGGGCGAAGCGCCGUCCAAUGACAAAGCCCAGGGGUGGGCGCCGGCCGCCAUUUUGUACCGGGCGGCAGGAUCUUUACCCGCGUCCUCCGCCCUCGGAGGGGGAGGGGCGGCAGCGGCGGCGGAGGCGAGAAAAGUAGCGAGAGACGCGCGGCGCGGGAGGCGCCAGCAGUGGCCGCCGGCGCGGAGCCCGACGCGGACGGGGGCGGCGACAGCAGCAGAACCCGGCGAGUGCGGGCGGCCCCGAGCGGCCUCCGAUGCGGCGCGGCGUGAAGAGGCGGCGGCCCCGGCCCCCGGCGGCCCCGGCCUCCGGCGCCCGGGGCGGCGGCCUCAGGGCAGGAGACCGGGCCGGACUGGACGCGCAAGAGGAGAAGGUGGUGUACUCGCGAUCGCAACUGUCUCUGGCUGACAGCACCGAAGCGCUGGGCGACGCCUUCAAGCUGUUCAUGCCCCGCAGCACGGAGUUCAUGAGCUCGGACGCGGAGCUCUGGAGCUUCCUCUGCAGCCUCAAGCACCAGUUCUCCCCGCACAUCCUACGCAGCAAGGACGUCUACGGCUACUCCUCCUGCCGGGCCUUAGUCCCUGACCCCCCGGUGUCCCCAGCCGCCCGCGGCCAGACGUGCAGGCCGGCCCCGCGCCUGGCGGCCAGGAGGAGGCGCCGCCGAGCCCGGGCAGCCGCCGCUCGCAGGAGGAAGCCUCAGCCGCCACGGGCCCCCGAAGAGAGCCGCCCUGCCAAGCCCGCGGCCCCCGGACCCUACUUUGGGGGCCGCACCCUGGAGGAGAUAUGGAAAGCGGCCACCCCGACGCUGACCACCUUCCCCACCAUCCGCGUUGGCUGCGACGUGUGGGGCGAGCGCAGCUUGGCGGCGGCGCGACACCGGGCGCGCCAAGUGCUGAGAGUGAACCUGGAACCCGUGGUGAGGCUCCGCCGCUUCCCAGUGCCUCGGGCGUGAGACGCGGCCCCCCGACCCUAGGACGGAGCUUCCGCCCGGAGGGAUGAACAAGUGUCAGUCGAGUGUUUACAGAUCCGGACAGGACUCCGUCCCCUAGUGCACUUUACGGGCGAAGAAGUCACCGGAUGGUGUUCCUGGCCCUGCGCCCCGGGAUGCGGCGGCGCCGCCGUCUGGGACUCCGGGGCAGGUGUGCCCUCUGCUGCCUCCCGGCACCGGGUCUGCGGAGAGAGGAGGCCGCUGGAUCCUCAGGAGAGGCCCCUUUUCUUCCUAACCCCAGGUUGAGACGUCUCCAGGACUGUAGGGGCAGAUCCAUCUUCUCCGUUUUGGACUCUACCUCACUGGUCUGGAAGCCCUCCGAAGAAGUCAUUAUUUUUCCAAAGGAAUUUGGUUUCGUGCUAGUAUAAUAAGCCAGAAUUCACUUGCUUUUUAUACCUCUCUCUCUCGCUCUCCUUUCUUUAUUUCUUGACUGCCACCCCUCUUUCUGGAUGAAAGAUUGGACAUGUUUUGUGGUGUUGCACGAGUUUUGUGCUCAGGGUAUUCUGAAUCCCACUGGUUUCCUAAUAUCGAUUGGAUUCCAAUGCUUUGACCAAGGAUGUUUUCUAAGAGAUUCAAGCUUAUUAUGACUGUUAAUAGUGCAAGGAUUUGUAUGGCUUUGAACUUCACGGGCUCAGUAAUUACAAACAAAGAGAUGCAAAAUACCACUGUUUAAUUAUUUUAAGGUGUUUCUAAAGAUUUUAUAUUAAAAUUGAAUUUCGUUUAUAUUUACUGAGCUUCAAAAGAAAAUGGUAAAAACUCAUAUAAAGUUUUGUUUAGGAAAAGUUGACUUGUUAAAAUUUUUUAAUUGAAUAAAAAAAGUUCAUUGAAACUACAUGGCUUGUGAUUUUAAAACAUUGAAUGUGUUAUAUAAAAAACUGGUGUUGGUUAAAGAGAUGGAUAGAAUCUGAUUAGAAAUCAUUUGGCCUUCUGGUACUGGUCUAAUAUACAAAUCCAGGAAUAAUUCAAGGACAAUUUAUUUUAAAAUAAUACAUAGGAGAAGUGAAUGUGUGUAAACUUUGUGAUUAAAAUGAUAAACAGAAUACCCAUUUCAGUCCUCAGAACUAUAAACGAUCUAGAGGGGUGGGGGCGUUUCUUGGUAUAAACAAGUGGUUGAAGUUACUUUGGGCAGAGUAGAUCUCUUUUUCUUUCCUUUUUGUUGUUGUUGGAUAACAAGAAAUGUGCAGACUAAUAUCCAUCACUUUUAUAAACAUUAUGACAGUUAGUUGACUUUUUUGCUCCACAAGUUUCCUUUUUUAUCUUGUUUCCAUUCAUAAUUAUGUUCACAGUUAUGGGUCUUUGACAGCUGAACACGAUAGGAAUCGAACAGGCAAUUCAGAGUUCUGCCCCUUCUUUUACACUUUUCUAAUAGUGUUUGUACCAUAUGGCCCAGUGUGUAAUUCUUGAUUAUCCAAGUGCCUUUGGUCAUUGGUGGCAGCAAGACUUAAUGGUUUUUAGCCAGUGGUGCCACAGCCAGAUUUUACUGCAAUAUCUCAAGGUCAAGUAGUGUUUUUGUACCACUGUUAUUUCAAUUUAAGUAUUCUGCCAUGGAAGGAUCUAUACUAGGCUGGAACUUGACAUAUGUAAUCCUCAAUAUUAAGGUUUAUCUCUGCUUGGCAACUUCUUGGUAAAAUAAUGAGAGUUGCAAUUUUGACUCUUGUGUUCUUAGAAUUUAAAUGGCAUAGCUUCCUGAAAUGAUUUUUUCAAGUUUAAUGCCCAUUGUAGGAGCUUUGUGACUAAUUUCAGUGUUUUUGUUUUGUAAAAAGAAAUAUAUAUAUGUAUACAUAUAUAUAUAUAUAACUUUAUGCCAGUUUCCCAGUAAUCCGCAUAUUUUAUUCACUGCUCAAUGAUAAUGCAUUGUUAUAAACACUGUCACAUGAGUAAAUAAAAGUGAGUACUUAGAAGAUGAAGAGUGUUAAAUUAUAUUUGUGAAAGGAAGCUUAUAUAUAUCCUUUUGAUUAACUUUCAUUGCCAAUUGUAUUUCAGAUACAUAGGGGUUUCCUCCCCCCUCCCAAAGUCGAUAACUUUUUAAGCUACCACCUGAGGAAAAAAAUGUGUAUGUGUACUACUUUACUAUUGUAUAUAGUUUUAUAAUAAAUCAAUGGCCAUAUUAGGAUGCAAUUUCAACAUAUAGCUUAUCUAGAUAGUUUCCCAGAGGAUUUUGAAAUUACUUAACUGGGAGGAUAACAUUGCUCAGCACAAAACUGAAACAUAACAUCAUUGAUACCACUCAUUUAUUGUAACUGAGAUUCUGAAUAUUUUUCCUCUUAUGCCUUGUUACUUUAGUGCACUUGAACUCACAUAAAUGCUUCUUUGGAUUAUCUGGGCUAUCUGAUUUCAUUUUGGAUAUGAUUGCCCAUCCUGAAUUCAAUAUGUUGUUUAUCUGGUCUAUUAAAAAUUCAUGCCAUUUCUAGUUUGUGAAAUAAGAUGUAAAAAAGAUCUUUAUUUUUGCCAAGUUUUCUUUAGCAAAACCUAUGUUACAACUUCUAAAAUGUGAAGAAACAACAAAUAUACUUGAUUAGUAUAUUAAUAGGAAAGUGAAAGUAUUUAUGGGUACUUUUGGGCAGAAUGUGAACAGGAACUUGGCAUGGUGGCCUUUAUUUUGAGGCAUCCAUUUACUGUCCUCUAAAGUGAGUCUAGCUUAGCUUGUAUAUAGUUUUUGUAAGAACUGCUAUGAUCUUUAUUCACUCUUUUACCUUUUCUUAUAUCUCAUAUGGCACAAGUAGAGGGGAGAAGCUAGGAGGAAGUUUAUCACCUUGUUAUGCUGUUAAUUUUGAACUCCUGAGUGCCUAAAUGUGGUGACUGGCACCUCAUAUAACUUUUUGAAAUUCCUGAUGUCAUUUCUUUAUCUUCCUUCCUGUCAACCAGCAACUUAUUUUUUCUUACUGAGACCAGUAAUGUCAUGAUUGUUGAGGGCAAGCUUCAUUGUUGAUAGUGCAAAGUGUCACUGUUGUGUAUUUAUUUUAUUACAGUUUGGAUCAUAUCGGACAAGUGUAACUUAAGCUGGUGGCUGAUACCUAUUGUUUUGCUAUGUGCAAACGAUAUUACUGUUUUUUUGAAAACUUCAAUAAAAAAUAUUUGAAUACAAAAAUGAGCAAUUUUGAACUCAAAGUUUUAUGUUGUUUUAAGGGUUGCCACAACACUCUUAAAUUGGUGUUUUUAAAUGGACAUAUAUACAUAAUAUUUACUUUGUUGGUGUGUUUAAAAUAUUUUUGAUAGACAUGUUCUAAGUGCAUUAGAAAGCAAUUACUUGUAAUGGAACUGAUUUUUUUUUGGACAGUUUGACGUGCAUAUGAUUAAGAUUUACAAUCUGGUUGUACUUUGCUUUUUAACUUAUUAACUGUAAAUAAAUUUUAGA